UUCACCACCAAGUCAUUAGCCAUUACAUUCAAAGUUGACCUUAUAAAUUCCAGCAGCGCCACCGCCAAGUCCUCCGACAACAUCGAUCCAAGCUAAGCAAGCAUUCAUUUCUCGGUGAAACUUCGUCGGAAUCAGGCCAUGAAGGCCGCGAACUGCGUGAUUAAUUGCGUGGAGGAGAGCAAAGUCUGUGCCUGUGCGAGUGAGGCAAAUGCCAAGGCCACCAGCUCGUUCACGCAUUCUGUCAUCAACAUGGUCGGCAUGCUUAUAGGUACACGCAUGGAUCCUCAAUUUUCCGUUGAUUACCGUUAAUGUUUAAUCGGCUUCCGUAACUGAUUUGUCGGUCGGUUGAGGGCUAGGACAGUCGUCGGCUCCCUACGCACUGGAGAACGGAGGAUGGAGCUCGGCGCUGCUGCUCAUCGGCUUCGGAAUCAUGUGCGCGUACACCGCGCACAUCAUCGGCAGGUGCCUCGACGACGACGGUGGUGGCUCCAUGAGUUACCAAGACAUCGGCGAGCAAGCAUUCGGAUCCAAAGGCAGGAUCGUAGCCUCUGCCUUCAUCUACCUGGAGAUCUUCUUCGCGCUCGUGUCCUACACCAUCUCGCUCAGCGACAACCUGCUGCUGGUGCUCGCCGGCGUGCACGCGCACGCGCCGUGGCUCCACCUGUCGACUGCGCAGCUUCUGACGGCGAUGGCGGUGCUGGUGGGCUGCCGACGCUGUGGUUGCGGGACAUGUCGUCGAUCUCGUUCCUCUCCUUGGGAGGGAUCCUCAUGUCUCUGCUUAUGUUUGUGACGGUUGCGUGGGUGGCGGCGUUCGGCGGCGUGGAAGGGAGUCAUGAGAUUCCGGCGCUGAGGGUGGAGAUGUUCCCGGAAAACAAGGAUUUUCUUCUCACUUGCAUCGGAUUGUAUGUAGUAUUUAAUGCGCUGUUACAGUUCAUCAGUUACACAAAGGAGAAGAAUGCGUUCCAUUUCACUCACCCUCGUGCUGUGAGUUUUGUUCGGUUCAAUUAAUGUAGGUUUUUACGAUGACCAUUGGAUGAAUUAUUUUACUCCUAUGCAUUGGCAGAUACUAUGCUUUUACUCUUCUUAUUUGUCAAUAAUCAGAUUUAGGUAAUCUAUGUCACGUUUCUGAUACAGCCAAAUGCAAAUGAUGGAAAGUAGUCCAGUAUCGCCACUCCAUUGUUUAUUAUAUGUGGUUUACAAAUUGAAUUUGAUAGUUUUAUUUCUAGAUAUGAUAGUUCUAUUCUGACAGACUGUGUUUUAACCUAGG